AUGUCUGCAGUAGGUGCGCUAUUAGCAAGGGAGUACAACGUGACUGCCGAAAAAUGCGACUUUUUCCUAGAAAAUGGUUCUUUUGAUUCAGUGAUAGCAGCAUUGCCAGCGCUAAAUCAGGAACAAGAGACUGUAACUCAAAAAGUUAGCAAGAACGGAAAAGAAUUAAUCAACGUUGCCUCGGUAAAUAUCGAAAUACCAGAGCGAAUAAGUCUUUCCAACAACGGUAGGCAGUUAUUUAAAUUUAUUGUUGAUAUAGAGAUCUUACCUUGUGAAAAUGAUAACGAGGCAACACUUGUUGUGUCGUCAGAUUCCGUAUCCUUAUUUCAAAUUGGAUUUAAAAUGGAGAACAAUUCAAAAAUCGCUGUUGACAAACAACUUCCGCUGAUCUUGGAUAUAUGUGCUCAUAAAAACCAAGAAAGGGCCCUACGAAAUCAGUUAGAAAAUCGUAAAUCUUUAGAACGCAAACCAUCAAGAAAGAGAAGAAAAAAAAAUUCAAAUGUUAACGAUCCUGAAAAAUUACUAAAAAGUCGUAUACACGAAUUAUCUUUGUCCUACAAAGAUUUUGAAUGCUCUCCAGUCGUAUUCCGAUACAAUGAUUCCUCUUUAACAUGGGUUUUAUCUUUUAAUUUGAAGUUGAAGUUUUUAAAUAAUAAAUUCAACCGGUUUUCCGUGGAGGCUAACCAAAUACUGGACUUGACGUUCUCUAAUAGGGACGAGAACGAAUUUGAGCGAUAUCACAAGCACAGCCAUAUCCAUUCAAACUUCAUUCAAAAACAAUUUAUUUCUCAAAUCUUGGAAUAUAGUAAAGAUAGGCUAUCAAAGAUCAAACCGUUCUUACCCCAAUCUAUACCAGACCUAAAAGUUAACCUCUUACCAUUUCAAAGAGAGAGCGUUGAGUGGAUGCUAAUUAAAGAAGGGCAUGGUAAUUCUCUUAGUGAUACACCUACAGUCAUCGACGAAGUAGGGCUUAUAGAUUUUAUGAACGAGUACUAUGCAUACGGUUACGAGCUCAUUGCACGCAGCCCUGACGAGGUAGGGCCAUCAUUGUUAUGGAACAAAUUAACAGGAUAUAUUCUAACUACAGAAGAUGCUGCACAUUUGUACAACCAAUAUAGGAAGGAAAGGUUAAGCGGCGACUACCCAGUUUGUGCAAAGGGGGUGUUAGCAGAAGAGAUGGGGUUGGGCAAAACUAUUGAAAUUUUAUCACUAAUACUCUUAAAUAGAAGGAAAUUGAAGGACUCAGAGGCAACAUUUAUUGACGAUGAAAAUAGAACAAUCACGAAGACAAAGACGACUUUGAUUAUCUGUCCCAAUGCUAUCUUAAAACAAUGGCUCGAAGAAAUCGAAUUACACGCAAAUUCCUUAAAAUGGUAUACCUAUAGAGGAUAUAAUGAGAUAAUGAAAGAUUGCAAAACUGUGGACGAAGCUGUUCAACAAUUGUGCCAAUACGAUAUUAUAGUUACAUCAUAUAACAUUAUUGCCACGGAGGUCCAUCAUGCUGAGUUUAACCGUAGUAUCAGAUCGAGAAGGUUGAAAAGCCCAAAGUAUGACUAUUCUUCACCGUUAGCUUUGAUGCAGUUUUAUAGAAUCAUUCUGGAUGAAGUUCAAAUGCUACGUAGUUCAUCAACAUAUUCUGCAAAAUGCACGAGUUUACUUCAUAGAAUACACACUUGGGGUGUUUCCGGGACUCCAAUACAGAACAUUUACAACUUUAGGAUGAUCAUGUCUUAUUUAAAGCUGCAUCCAUUUUGUGAUGAGGUAGACUUUAUUCGGACACUUCAAGAAGAAAUUAAACUAAGAAAUGAGGCUAAAGAUUACACUAGUAAUGAUUUUGUAUGCCAAUUAAAGGGCGUUCGGUUUUCUAUCAAGGAUUGUAUGAACAUUUUUUACAGGUAUGAUCUUUGCAUAAGGCAUUCGAAAGCCAAUGUUGCGUCUCAGAUUCAUAUUCCGCGGCAACACAACUUCAUCAUUCCCCUGGAGUUUGCGCCUAUCGAGUGGGACAACUAUUUAAAUCUUUGGAACAAUUUUUUAGAGUUGAGUGGCUAUAAUUCGGAUGGCAGUGGAUCACCCCGUGUAAGCAAUGCCUUUUUAAACGAAUGGUUGUCUAGGCUGCGAUAUAUAUGUUGCCAUGCAUUAUUUCCAGAAAUUUUAAGUACCCGACAGAAGCGCCUUCACGGGCACUUGUCAAGAAUUUCAAAUAUAGACGAUAUCUUAAUAUCCAUGCGAAUGGAUGCAUUUGACAGUUUAAUUGGCUAUUACAGAGAGAGAUUCCAUUUAUCGAUCAAGCAGGCACAGUAUGAACUUGAAAUUUCCAAUACUCCGGCCAAAGCCCUUGAAUCAUUUAUCAAAAUCAGAGAUGAUUUGAUGAUACACAUACGCCAAAAAUUCAACGUUGAGGAUCCGUUUGAUAAGUCGUUAAACCUCAGUGAAGAUGAGGACGAACAUAUGGACGAGAGGUUUGGUGAGAAGGAAACAUCUUCAGGCGACGAAAGCGAUAGAGAAAUAAAUGGUGCUAAAAACCAUGAUAAUCACAACAAUGACGGAAUGUUAUCCAACCACCUGAAGAAGAAAGGAUUACGUGCUAUGAUGAAUUUACUGCAUGAUUGCUACUUCUUCCUCGGUUCUGUUUACUAUAACUUGGGCACUCGUAAGCUAGAAGAGGCGGACGACAAGCAUCGAAAAGAGAAGACUGAAGAAGUGGUGUAUUCUGAUGUUUUUCCAAAAAAUGAGUUAGAGGAAAUUGAAGAGAAUAGACUUUUAGAACAAGAAAAUUAUGCGAAUGCAGAAAUUUUGAGGAAGUCAAUCCUCUCCUCUGAGGCUAGAAAAGUUGAUAUGACUAUUAAAAUGGCCAGAACUAAGUUUGCUCCUAUGACGAGCAAUAUACCUUUGCGAUUAAUCAAUAUUGAAUUUGACCACAAAAAUGACUACUCAUCUAAUUUAGCAGUAUCUCGUUGUUUCAAGUCUUUGAGUAAGUUGAUAGAAGGGUUGAAUGAACAAACUAAAAACUUCAACGAGUUAUUGGAUGAGUUACUCAUUAUUAUCUAUGAACCUGUCCACAGGACAGAGGACGAUGAUAGCACUAAUAAAAUUAUCGGUAAUGAAGAAUAUUCAACAUCGAUUGACAGUCAAGAUAAGAUAUUCAGUCUUCUUGGUUGCUUGGAGAUAAUUUUACAGAAUAGGGACAAUAUUUUAACUUCAGAAUCAGAAGUUAAAAUUCCGAAGCAUUUGGUACCGGAAGGUUCAAUAAUUUCAAAAUAUCAAAAGCAGUUAUUGAACAGCUUGCGCUUGAUUUCAGGAACACCUCUACGAACUGUUUUUGAUGAACUGAAGAACAGCAGGAUAGUAAGACGGAUAUCCUCAAGCAAUGAAAGUGAAUCUACCAUUCAAAAUUUUGAGGACUACUUACUUCAGUACGAAGUUGAAAGUAAAAGCCUGUUUAAGUACAAUAAACAGGUAAGAGAAUCUUUGAAAAUCCUGGGAUCGAUUUAUAAUGCCAAGACGGAAUAUUAUAGUCAAUUACAGAGGAUUUCCGAUUCAUUGGUGUCCUUGCACUCUUUGAGUGCUCCACAACUCAGCCAUCUAAUAAGAACUAUCAAUAAGUCAUUGGGCGGUACACUAGAUGCAAAAAUCAAUAACAUUGAAUCACGGCUGAUAUAUUUAAAAAAUUUGUCCAGAUUGAAAGACACAUUAAACGAUAAUCAAAUAUUGAGCUGCUCUAUCUGUUUGGGAGAAGUUGAAAUAGGUGCUAUCAUUAAGUGUGGACAUUAUUUUUGCAAGAGUUGUAUCCUUACGUGGCUACGAGCCCAUAGUAAAUGCCCUAUAUGCAAAGGUUUCUGUAGUAUAUCGGAAGUCUAUAACUUUAAGUUCAAGAACUCAACGGAGAAGAGGGAAAAAGAAAUUCAAGAGCCACGAAGAGAGGGCGCCGAUUCGUCUCAAGAUAAUUCAAAUGAAAACUCGAUUAUAUCCAAUAUGAGUGAAGUAGAAAAAUUAUUCGGAAAUAAAUACGAGCAAUUCCAUCAAAUUAAUGAAGUCCAUCAAAUUCACAUAAAGGAAAGUUUUGGUGCUAAGAUUGAUUUCGUCAUCAAGUUAAUAUCUUACCUGAGGCUAAAAAGUGAGCAGGAAAACGCUGAUCCGCCACAAGUUAUUCUAUACUCUCAAAAGACAGAAUAUUUAAAGGUCAUUGGUAAGGUAUUAAAGUUGUAUCACAUUGAACACUUGGCAUGUCUAUCUAAUACAGCCAAUGUUGGCGAAACUAUAAAUAACUUCAAACGCCAGCCUUCCGUCACUUGCCUACUUUUGAAUGUGAAAACUUUAGGUGCCGGCCUGAAUUUGAUAAAUGCAAAACAUAUUUUCCUACUAGAUCCUAUCCUUAAUAAUAGUGAUGAAUUACAAGCUAUGGGAAGGAAUAAUCGUAUAGGACAAGAUGAAGAAACUUUUGUGUGGAAUUUCAUGAUCAGAAAUACCGUUGAAGAAAACAUCCUCAGAUAUAAAUGUAUACUCGAAGAGCGCAAAAGAAAGGAGAAGUCAAAAAAAGGCGAUAAAUACGACGAAGCACAAGAUGAAACGGAUAAUGAGGAAAGCGAUGAUGCGAAGUUUGAGAUAAGCGUGGUAGACCAAGAAGUCAGUAAUGAACACUUAUGGAACUGCUUUUUUCACGGUAGUGAUUAG